AUAAUUCCUCCACUAGCUCUUCCUUGUUAGGUUCCACGUAGCAUCAGAGCAGGAAAAUAUGUCGUUCUGUUACUUUUAAAUUAUCGUAGUAGUGCAUUUAUUGUAUCUGUGACUGUUUGUCACCCCCCCCCCCCCUUUUUUUUUUUACACAAGCUAUUGUUGACUUUGUUUAUGAUGAAACUACAGUGGCUAUUGUUGCUCUGUUAGCUAAGCUAAGCUACCAAGCUAACAUUGGUUAAAUUAGUUGGCCCGUAAUCGUGUUUACAGUUUUGUCAAGAUGUACACUUUAUUAUCUGGAUUAUAUAAGUACAUGUUCCAGAAGGAUGAAUAUUGUGUUCUGAUUCUGGGGCUGGAUAACGCCGGAAAGACGACCUUUCUGGAACAGACCAAAACUAAGUUCAGUAAGAACUACAAGGGAAUGAACCUGUCAAAGAUCACCACCACCGUCGGCCUGAACAUUGGUACAAUUGAUGUGGGCAAAGCUCGUCUGAUGUUCUGGGAUCUGGGAGGACAAGAUGAGCUCCAGUCUCUGUGGGACAAAUACUACGCUGAGUCUCACGGAGUCAUCUACGUCAUCGACUCGACGGAUGAGGAGCGUCUGUCAGAGUCAAAGGAGGCCUUCGAGAAGAUGAUCAGCAGCGAGACGUUGGACGGCAUUCCUCUGCUGGUUCUGGCCAACAAGCAGGAUGUGCCGAACUGUUUGUCGGUACCAGACAUUAAGACGGCCUUCAGUGACUGUGCCCCGAAGAUCGGCAGGAGGGAUUGUUUGGUCCAGCCCUGCACUGCUCUCACAGGGGAUGGAGUGAACGAAGGCAUUGAGUGGAUGGUGAAGUGUGUGGUCAGGAACAUCCACCGGCCGCCCAGACAGAAGGACAUCACAUAAGGCAUGGUGGUGGUCUCCUGGCUCGGACAGCAGACUGUUGGGUUUUCCUGGAGGAGGUUCCAUGUGGAUCUUGGAGCUGAUGACUUUCCUGUGACAGUUUGGAUUUCUUCUUUUAGGACUUGUGGCAGAUUUGUGAUCACUGAGCGUAGCAUGGGAUUGUAAGGAGCUGUGAAUCAUAACUGUGAGAGCAGAGACACUUCUUACGUCCAACAUGCAGAGCCUCCAUCAGCUGCUUCACCUCAGGUCCACCUUCAGUUUCUGUCAGACCUUUAAUCUGUCCGUCUCCAACAGAACCAAACACCGGUUCUGUCUCCUCAAACCGAUGCAAGCUAGCUAACUCAGCCUUCAUCACAUGGUGUCAUCACAUGGUUUGUCCAGCAGAACUCGUGGGUCUGGAUGUGCACGCUGGUUCAGAACCAGUCUGGUUGAGUCCAGCUAAGCUGGGGGAGUCUUCACAGUAAUUUACUAACCAGUUUGUGAAAUAUGUUUGUGCAGAGCAUCCCCAGAAUCCAGCUCUGGUCUGGUUCCAGUUCUGACAUCAGCAGCCGAGUGUUAUUCCAACACCUGCCGGGGUCACACUACUGCUGGAAACUAGACCAGUUCAGGAGCAGGACCAGUUCUUGUUUCUCAAGACUCAGGUGUCUGAGAUCGUCUGAUGAUUUCAUCCUGGUCUUCAGGUUCUGCAGGUUCUGGUUGUCUGUAUCAUUUUAAUCCAGCUUAUCAGAUGUUUUAAAGCAGCAGACAAUUAAGAGGUUUAAGAUUUUCCAGGAACAUUCCCACUUCCUGUUUGUUCCAGCUGCUUCAGCCAUCUAUUAACUGGCCGUGAGCUGGGUUCGGUCCAGUUCUGAGAGAACCAGGCUUGUCAUUGGUCACAUGACACCAGCGUGGCUCAGAUCCAGAGUUAAGAAAAAAACCAUGGCUGAUAACAUGACCAGUGUGGUGACACCAUCUGAUUGUUGGUGAGGAUAGAUGGGUGUGAUGAACCUGCUCGGUCUAGAUCAGAAGUCCCCUCACACAGAUCCUCAUCUGGUCCUGAUUAUUAAUCCUCACUGUUGUCAUUAAAAUGAAGAAAUUAUUGUUUAUAUGUAACUUUAUUUAGUAAAGAAGAAGACAAAGAUUUGGUUGGAAGAGGUCAAAUGCCUGCAGGUGCAGGUCUGGGUCCAGGUCUUGGAUCAGAAUGAAACAUGAACUGGAUCAUUCAGGUUCCCUGCAGGCUGCCUAGAAAAACCCAGUUGAGUCAUUUGAAACUGGAGAUUGCUGGAAGUCAAAGUCUGGUGUGGUGUCGGUUUGUCCGGCACAAGAUGUGUUCAUGGACAACAGGAAAUAAGAGUGAUUUUCUCCACCCUGCAAUCUAAAUGACACAAGAUAAAUCUGAGCUCCUGAAGACGUGUCAGCUCACGUAAAGCUGGUCAGAGUUCAGGUUUCACUCAGCAGCGAGAAAUAAUGAUGACCUUCGACCUCCAGGUCUGUUUUUGUGCGUUGUUCUUUAUCUGAUGUUGGAUAUCCAGAAAUUUGCAGGACACUAUUUUGUUCUCCUGCAUAAAAUAUUUAGAAAUAAAAGAAACUGGACUUUGAUUUUUCCAUGACUGUCUGUAUGUUGGUGAAAGUGAAGGAUAUGAUGAGUUUCAGACUUUGCUGUGGUGUGGGAUUGUUGACUGCAAAAUUAGGUCAACAUCAUUUUAGUUUGGAUAUUUAAAAAAAAGGAAAUUACCUUGACUGUGAGGAAGGUGUGAAGCUGAAAUCUUUCAUAUAAAAACUUACCAUAUAACAACAUGAAAGAAGUUUGUGGUAAAUGUUGUUUUUCAUAUCAAGCUUUCAGAUAAACUCCUUUAGUUGUUUUCUCAGAGUCUGUGUGAUCAGAAGCUUCCAAACUGUGCUGGUACAGAACCUUCAUCUAAACACGCUCAGUAGAAAACAUAUUGAUUCUGGAAAAGGUGAUGAUGUUUGUUUAUGUUGGCCAGAGACCAGGAUGUCCCUGAAUGACCUCACAAACAUGAAGUCCACCCUGCCGUGUGAUCUAAAGUUUUAAUUCAGUCUGGGAUUUUAUGAGUUUUAUAAACUAAACUCAGAUUUUUUUUCUUUAUGAAUGUGAACAAAAUUGUUUUUUAAAUCUGUGUGAAGACUUAUCAGCAUUUACCACUGUUGGACCAUCCAUGCUGAUGUCCAGGUGACUAAGUCUGGACAUCAGUGCAUCACUCCUCGCCUGGACUCUGGACUCUCUAACAGACAGAUCUCAGUCUUUCAGGUCAGACAGCCACAUAUCCUCCACCCUGAUGCUGUCAGUCCCCUACUUACUGCUUACCUUACAGCUGUGUUCCUAUACACCAAUCUAACAUCAUUGUGAAGUUCACAGAUGACAUCACUAUGGUGGAUUGAAGUUUGAAGCCUGAUUUAAAGGUUGAGAGGGUGUCUGCUUCCAGGACCCAAACUGGGAGCUGGUUCCACAUAGGGCCGAUUACUGAAGGUCCCACUUCUGAAGCCAAAGUGGGAGCUGGCUCCACAGAGAGGGGUCUGCUAAUUGAAGGUUUUGCCUCCCCUACUUUUAGAACCUCUAGGAACCAAACCUGCAGUCCAAGAGUGAAAUGCUCUGUUGUGGAAAGGGUUUCCAUCAGUCUGCAAUCUGAGCUGUGAGGGCAGGGUACUGCAUGGGUGUGUAAACCUGCAGCUUACAGAGACUUAGCAGCUUCUGCCCAGAGGUGUCUAACAGCCAGUGGUGUAGCACUGCUUUUAUCACCAUGUUGUCUACCUCAGGAAUUUUCCCCAUGUCAUCAUUGUGACUGUUUAUGUUACUUCCGCUGCUAAGCUUUUCUGCAUCUACAGCAUCAUCACCAGAUGCUGGGAAGAAGUCAUGUGAUCAUCCUCAUCAGCCUGUUUCAGUAAUGAAUAAGUUAAUUACAAACCUGCUGCUUCUGUCAGUUCUUCUGGAACCUGGAUGUGAAAUGUCUUGUUUUUAUGGAUCUUGAUAUCUUGUGAAUAAAUCAGAUUCUUGACUUUGAGCUCAGGUUUGAUCUGACCAGCAGGGGGUGCUGUUAUAACAUGCUGGACUGGAAGGUCUCGGGCCUGUAAGUGUGUUUGGACCUGGACCACGUGACACCACUGGUUUACAUAAACAUGUCCUGCUGCAG